GUUAUGAGCCCAAGCUUAUGCUGAUGGAGCGUCGCCGCCGUGAAGCAGCUGAUGCUUUCUUGCAACCUGCUGGUGAUGGAGCAGGAAAUGGCCAAGCCGUGGCUGAGGAGUCAGCUGACCAAAGGAUGGACAGGCUGAUCCAUGAACAACAACAAGGUGGUGAACCAGCUGUGAGGUCAGUGAGGAUCUCGAUGGCAGCUGGCACUGAUGCUAGCGAUGGUGGAGGACGAGCGUUGGAGGACGGGACCCGAGAGACCGGACAUGCAGCUCAAGCUGAUGGAGCUGUAGCUACGGGUGAGGGUGGAUCGCUUCAGCUCUUGGAAGGCCUUUCGCCUGAGCAGAGAGGGAUGCUUGCACGCGCUGCUGAAGCUCUACGUGCUGGACAAGUCCUACAACUAGAGGCCAAGCUGAUCAAGUUCGAGGACCUGGUGAAGGUCAACAUGCCGAUCGACGUGAAGGAAAUGAUUCGGGAGCCCGAGAUCAAGCUGAUCAAGGAGCCAGUGGACAUGGUGGUGGCCUUCUUGGACCUCUUGCGCUACGCCCUGGUGAAGUUCUUGGUGCUGACUUUGUGCGGAUCUUCCUCCAGUUGGACAGCCUGUCCUGGACAUGCUCAACAAGGUCAUGGUCAAGUUCCAUAUGGUUCGGGACAAGUUCAACAAGCUCUUGAAGAGCCUCGACGUGAAGUUCAGGAGAUGGUGACUCCACCAAGGCAACCAGCGGUGAAUGUGUUCUGGAGUGAGCGUGUUCAACGGGCUGUAGAAGAUGGAGUUCCAGGUGAUGUGAUUCACCAACAACCUCAACAAGGUAACCGUGGUGGUGAAGGACGUCAAGGGGUGUCUCAACCUCGAGCUCUUCCAGCUGAAGGGACGCAGCCUCUGGCAGUUGGAAUUGAAGGCCUCACACACCAGGACCUGUUGGAGUUGGAGAUGCCAGGGUGUGUAGGAAGUUUGGGGUCAGGGUUGGGAGUUGAUGGAGCUCAGCACCCUCCGGGGACCGCUACAGCUCAAGUUGGGGAGUCGUUUGCAGAAAGCCUGAGGGUUUUGGAACUGCCUCGCUUGAGUGAAAGCACAACAGCGUUGUCUCUAGGGGAUUGGUUGGCUGUAAUCGACCCAAUCAUGUCUGACCUUAGCUCCACUUCAGGAGUUUGGUGGCAGUUGAUUGUAGGUGCUGCUCAGGAUGGGUACCGCCAAUGGAUCUUGUCAGGACCUUUGGACCGACUGAGGUUACGUCCACCGGUGCCUGCUGAGGCAUCCAAGUGGCCACGCACUGAACAACGAGCGGUGACCAUGCUUCUAGCUUGUCUUCCCGAAGGAGUUCGACGUGAUCUCAUCGCUUCUCGGCGAUUAUCAACGGUCGAGAUCAUCUACAAGCUGCUGAUCACGUACCAGCCUGGAGGUCCACAAGAGCGGACUGUGCUCUUGAAGGACAUCACUGAGGAUCGUCUUGGAAUCAACCCGUCAGUGCAGGAGGUUCUCAACACCUUGAGGAUGUGGAGGAGAAAUGUCAACAGGGCGAACGAGCUCAAGGUCACCUUGCCGGACACUUUGGUGAUCGUGGGCGUGCUGACCAAGUGGGCAGAGCACAUCAGUCGACUUGGGGGAGCUCAAACCGCUUUUCGGGUUGCCACACUACGUCAAGACCUCAAGUUGGACAACCGUCCGGAUGCUGACCAGGUGAUGUACUUUGCGGAGGCCCUCCAAGCUGAGAUCGAGCAGGUUGCUUUGUCACGGCCUUCAACGACCUUGUCAUCAACGUCUUCAAGCUCUGACGUGAAGAAGAAGGAGGUUCCCAAGACUGCAUCGCUCAGGACUGGUGGGGAUAGCUCCGCUAGGUGCUACUGGCGAAAAACCAAAAUGUAA